AUGAAUCGAUUUACAGAAUUCGAACUUGAAACCCACGAAUUAAAACCUAUUGCUGGUUAUUGGACUUACGAUCUUGUUUCGCUUGAAGAAUCGUUAAAGGGUUUCUUGUCAAAAAUCAAUGAACUUAAACGUUCUAUCAAAGAAGCCAAAAAACAUUGCACGAAAUCAUCACCGCAUAAUCUCACGCCGGAUGAGUCGGCUGCAUUGUUUCUGUAUACCAUGGAAGCAGGUGAUCAUAGUUUCUAUCGCAUUUUAAACCAAGUACUAAGAAAAGAAAAUCGAAAUGAAGUAAUACCAUGGUUUAGCUAUCUCAAGUUAUUCGAUACGGCACUUUGUAAAUUGCCAAAAGGAAAAGGAAUUAUUUGGCGUGCCGUAGCUGGUAACGUCACCAGUGGCUAUACAGCAAAUAAAACAGUGACUUGGUGGGCUGUAAGUUCUUGCUCGACAUCAGCCGAUGUUGUCAAGGCUUUUCUGAAACCUGAUCAAGAAGGAACACUCUUCAUGAUCGAAGCCGUCGCUGCAAGAGACCUGGCUGGCUAUACAAUGUAUCCCAAUGAACAUGAAGUUAUAUUGAAAUUCGGCACUCAGUUACUGGUGAAAAAUAUUGGAUUUCAACAUGGUAAUUUACGUUUAGUGCAUCUGGUAGAAAUUAAUGAUGAUGACGAUGACGAUGAGGAUAAUAAUAAUAGUCAACAAGGAUUAGCAGCAGCGAUGGCAUCAGUACAUGUAACACCGAAGUCAACGAAACCGACCAAUAAUAAACCAACACAUCUUAAUAUUCCUGCUAAUGCUAAAUGGACACAGAACGGAGUGGCGAUUGCUGGAGGUAACGGGAGAGGCGAUGCCACUAAUCAGCUCAACUGUCCUCAUGGCCUUUGCGUUGGUGAUGAUCAAACAGUGGUUAUUGCUGACACGCACAAUCAUCGUAUUAUUCAAUGGAAGAACUGUGAUACAACGAGUGGGCAAGUUGUUGCUGGUGGCAACGGCGAAGGAAGCGGAUUGAAUCAACUGAAUCGGCCAACUCAUGUGUUAAUUGACAAAGAGACGGAUAGUCUCAUUAUUUGUGAUCGAGGGAAUUUACGAGUUGCACAAUGGUCUCGUCGUAGUGGCACAACACAAGGAGAAAUACUCAUUCAUAACAUCGAUUGCUAUGGAUUAGCAAUGGAUGAACAGAGAUAUCUCUACGUCUCUGACACCGAAAAAAAUGAAGUAAGACGAUAUCAAUUGGGUGAGAAGAAUGGCGCUCUUGUAGCUGGUGGUAAUGGCGCUGGUGUAGGUCUCAAUGAACUCGACUGGCCGAGAUAUCUAUUUGUCGAUCAACAACAAAAUGUCUAUGUAUCAGACUGGAACAAUCAUCGUGUAAUGAAAUGGAAUAAAGAUGCAAAAGAAAGUAUUGUGGUCGCUGGAGGACAAGGCGAAGGGAAUGCUGUCACACAGUUGUCUUAUCCUAAUGGCCUCUUCGUUGAUAUGUUGGGUACACUCUAUGUAGUAGACUCGUGGAAUCAUCGUGUAAUGCGUUGGACUCAACGAGACAAGAAACAAGGCACUAUAAUUGUGGGUGGAAAUUGUAAAGGAGAAGGAGCAAAUCAGUUCAGCGGCCCCAUUGGUUUGUCUUUCGAUCGACAUGGUAAUCUCUAUGUCGUCGAUCGUGAUAAUAAUCGUGUUCAACGAUUUUCUAUGGAAUAA